AUGAUUCGGCACAACUCCUUUGAAUCGGUGAAGAGCAAUAGGUCCGCGAGUCUCCUUAAAACACCUCGGAUCUUUGAUUGGGGUGAUUAUAUCAUGUUUUUCAAUCUUCAAGUACAGGCCACUUUUGUCACAGUCAUCUUCUCCAUCUGGGUCCAGGUUCUGUGGGGAAAUAACUUUGUCACGGCGAAAGAUGUAGUCGAUUGGACACCCGAAGACUUCCAUCGAGCAACCAUCGGCUCUAUCUUUGGAAUUAUCAUGGAGUUCAGCAAGGUUACAUGCGUUUGGGGCUUGUCGGUCUAUGUAGCUAUGGGCUUUGUCAUCGUCAUAGUCUUCUUAAUGGGAGUCUGGUGUCGUCCAUUCCAUCUUUACUACGACACGAUUCCUCUUUCAGCAGCGAAUGAGCAAUGCAUGACCUUUAGGCAUCAUAUGAUACUUGAUGCAUGCUUCAAUAUUACGGGAGAUGCAAUUAUGUUAUGCCUACCCAUUCCCCUCUUAAUCAAAGCAAGGUUGGAACUUGUGAGAAAGUGUGCCCUGAUCGCCGUUUUCAGCAUGGGCGGACUUGUAAUCCUCUGCGCCACCCUCAACCGAAUCACAAACUUCGUCGCCCCCAUGGGCUCCCUCACCUACCUCAACUGGUACGCAGGCGAGAUCUCCACCGCCAUGAUCGUAGCCAACGUACCACAUCUAUGGCCUCUCAUCGCGCGCAUCGCCCGUCUCGGUGCUUGGGCUCCAAAUUCUUCUGGUAACGAUCGCUCUCAGAUUACGAUGCAGAAUAUGAGGUUGAAUAAUCGUUUUAAUAUGGUGGGGAGCGAGGAUAAUAUUGUGGGUGGGGGGUAUGAGGCGCAUGUGCAGGAUGAGCAGGAUAAGCAAGAUAAGAGAGAUAAGCGGGAGCUGCAGGAGAAAGGGGAAGAAGGGUUUGCGGGGGAUGAUGAUUCUGCGGAUGAUGAUUCUGCGUCUCGAAUUAUGAAGACUGUGGAUCUUACGCAAUAUAGUUCGAGCACAUAA